GGGGGUUCAUAUAUUAAAAGAUCAGUGUUAUAGUUUUAUACAAUGAUAAAUGGCACUUUUAGACAUGUAAAAUAUAUUGAUUUGUAUCUAUAUAUAUAUUUCUAGCAUAAACACUUUAACCAUGGUGAUGUUCUCAAUUUGCCUGGCCAUGUGUGUGUGGAUAUUAGAGGUUAGAGGUCAUGGCCGACUAUUGGAACCCCCGGGUAGGGCCAGUAUGUGGAGGUUUGGCUACAACUCUCCCCCAAACUACGACGACAAUCAACUUUUCUGUGGAGGAUUUAACCGUCAGUGGAAAAUCAAUGGAGGGAAAUGUGGAGUUUGUGGUGAUCCCUGGGACGGAGCUCGUGUUCAUGAAGCUGGCGGGAAAUACGCUACUGGAACGAUUGUCCGCCAUUACAGUGAGGGACAGACAAUCAGUGUCAAUGUUCAGAUAACGGCGUCACACAAGGGCUACUUUGAGUUCCGUCUGUGUCCUCACAACAACCCCAGUACCCGUGUGUCCCAGGCGUGUCUAGACCAACACGUCCUACAACAGACUGACGGCAGCACUCGAGUGAACGAGGCUGGUCAUCCCACCAACUACACGAUCCACCUCAAACUUCCGGCAGGUGUCACGUGCUCACAAUGUCUUCUCCAGUGGAAAUAUAAUGCAGGAAACUCGUAUGGCUGUGACGGAAGCCAUUGCUGUAUCGGAUGUGGAGAACAAGAACAGUUUUACGGCUGCGCUGACGUCAGUGUAGGAUCUGCUGGCAGUUCGUCAUAUUCAUCCGGACAGAUGCCCUCGUCUGUCCAUCAUCCGGUCAACGUUAUGCCUCAGGGACAAACACAACCUUCAGGAGUACAUCUUCCUUCGUCUGUCUACCGUCCGAUCAAUGUAAUACCUCAGGGUCACCCUCAGUCAUCAGGACAGAUCACUUCGUCUGUCUACCGUCCGAUCAAUGUAAUACCUCAGGGUCACCCUCAGUCAUCAGGACAGAUAUCUUCGUCUGUCUACCGUCCGAUCAAUUUCAUACCUCAGGGUCACCCUCAGUCAUCAGGACAGAUCUCUUCGUCUGUCUACCGUCCGAUCAAUUUCAUACCUCAUAGUCGUCCUCAGUCAUCUGGGAUUCACUUUUUGCUUCCAGCACAACAAGGACAAUCCAUUCACAGCCAUAAGCCAGCCGGGUAUGUACCACAGAACACAUAUCACGUCAUAUCCGGUACCUUGUUUUCCGGAGGAAGUCAUCCAGAACCUUGUAAAGCUACCCCUCGAUACCGAGCAAUAUAUCAGUACGCCGACCAGUACUGUGCGGUACAGUGUAGAAGAGGCCACUGUCCAGCUGAACAGUAUUGUACAUCGGCGUGUAGGAGGCUGACUGGCGGGAAAUAAGUCCAGCAGGAUAAUGUGAACAUCAUACAAACAUUGAACUAUAGUUACUUCAUUGUUGCACGAACGGUUCCGAGUAGUUAUCUUCCGGAAGGCCUCGUACAUUAUACCAGAGUUAUAACCCUCGGAGCAACACAGACUAUUUUGCAGAUACGAUGUCAUAGUCACUCCACUCGAUUUUACAUAUUUGAAAGUUGAUAUUAUAUGUGUCGGGCAACUUGUCUGUAUGAUGAUAUAGAUAUGCAUAAUAUUUUCAGUGUCGGACAUUCAGCAAUAUAUCCUAUCCAUAUUUUCUGGUGAUGUCGUAUUGAUGUUUUUUUUCACUUACGUUUUUUUAUAUCGUAAAACAUAAGGCUAUAUUGCUUGAUAAUUGUCAACUCGUUUAGUUGUUUUUGUAAUAACCAAUUUACAUUACUUAUUUUGUAUUAUGACACAUAUGUUCUAAUAAAAUUGAUAGAAAAAUA